AUGCGACCGUCUCUUGCGUUCCUGGCAGUUGCCCUCGAGGCGACUGCUACCCUGGCGUCCAGUUUAACUCCGCCUGUACUGCCGCUAAUCGUCCGAAACCCCUACCUGAGCACCUGGCUGGGGGAUGCUCGGGACGUCCCUUGGUCCAAAUGGCCAAUCUUCUAUACCGGAGAAGAGCUGGGCCUUUCCUUGAUGGCCCAGGUUCCAAGUACCGGCACUGUUUAUCCUCUGCUGGGCAAGCCCCAUGAGUCUCUCCCGGAAUCGCAAUAUGAAUUCCCUACCUAUCUCGGAGCAAAAUACGAUGCGUCGACCACAAAUCUAACCUACAGCAUCAACACCCAAGCUACUUCUACUCCGCUCAACAUCACCGUUUCGUUCCUGUCCCCGAUAACCCCAACAUCGACUCUGCGACAGUCGAUUCCAGCGUCCUAUGUUACGAUCCAUAUUGAAGGUGAGGUGACGGUGAACGUCUACAUGGAUAUUAAUGGUCGCUGGGUCAGCGGAGACUCAGACAGCCAGAUCACAUGGCAGUAUGAGACGGAACGGCCCUCUGUUGAUGCCUCACCUAACCUCCAGAGAUGGCGUCUACAACGCGAGACACAAUUGCUUCUCUCUGAAAUUCGUGAUCAAGCGGAAUGGGGCUCUAUUCACUUUACGGGACCUGCUGGCGUCCAAUAUCAGUCGGGAGCGGCCCCAUCAGUUCGGCAUACAUUCGCUGCCCGAGGUUCCCUGACAAAUGUAAACGAUGCUGGCUUUAGGGAAAUAGGGGAUCGGGAGCCUGUUUUUGCCUUCUCCAAGUCCUUUGUGCCCUCCCGAAAAUCGGGCGUGACGGCCGACAGCGUCACUUUCACUCUAGCACUCAUUCAGGACACGGUCGUGCAAUAUGCCUCUUCACGCGGCCUGACCAUGAUGCGCCCUCUUUGGAAGUCCCGGUUUGAUAGUGCCGAGUCAUUAUUGAAUUACCACUACAACGAUUUUGCCAAUGCAGCAUCUUUGGCUGCCAACUAUUCUCUCCAGUUAGCUGAUGAUGCUUAUGAGUCUGGUGCGCAAGAUUACGUUGAUAUUGUAGCGCUUACUGCUCGACAAGUUAUGGGUGCGACGACAUUCUCUGGCACUCCAGAUGACCCAAUCUUAUUCCUAAAGGAGAUCUCUUCCAACGGGAACUUCCAGACCAUCGACGUUAUUUUUCCCGCCUUCCCAUUCUUCUUAUACACCAACCCCCGCUGGCUGGCCUAUCUUUUGGAACCAUUGAUAGAGCACAUGCUGAGCGGACAGUAUCCUAACAAGUAUGCCAUGCAUGACCUGGGAACACAUUUCCCUAACGCCACGGGUCACCCUGACGGGAACGACGAGUACAUGCCUGUUGAAGAGUGCGGCAACAUACUCAUCAUGGGACUAGCCAUUGUCAAUUCGAUGCUCUAUGAUAAGGAUACGGCAGCGGCAUCAAUCUGGUCCACAGAAGGUGAAGCUCAAGUACUGUUGGAGGAGAAUGCUGGCUACUUUCCCUUAAAUGAGUUCCAGACUCUUUCAGGGAUCGACAAGCAGGACGGAAAAUGGGGAGGUGGCGCCUCCGGUCGUAGUCAAGCCGAAAAAUGGAUCCAGCGGAGCUAUAAUCUCUGGACACAAUGGACCAGCUAUUUGGUUGAGUACUCACUCGAACCUGCGAACCAGCUAUCCACAGAUGACUUUGCUGGCUGGCUUGCGCUCCAAACGAACCUUGCACUGAAAGGUAUCAUUGGUAUCCAUGCCAUGAGUAAACUUGCCGAGGUGGCAGGAUACAAAGAGGAUGUCCAAUAUUACAAGAACAUCUCCGACACUUAUAUCGCAAAAUGGGAAGAAUUCGGUAUGUCGCGGGACAACACUCACGCCAAACUCGCCUACAACUGGUACGGCUCUUGGACAACAAUCUACAACCUCUAUGCGGACGCCCAGCUGUGCUUCCACCUCGAGGGCACAUCCCUCGAUCCAUCACCUUUCCACCACCCAGCUGACAAGGAUCAAACGCCACUUCGCCCACCAAAAACGGCAAUCGGCUUCGUGCCCCAACACAUCUACACCAAACAAUCCAACUGGUACAACAAUGUGCGCCAAAAAUACGGUCUCCCUCUUGAUUCGCGCCAUCUGUACACGAAAACGGACUGGGAGUUCUUUGCUGUCGCCGUUGCAUCCAAGUCCGUCCGCUCGCAGAUCCUUGAGUCCGUCGCAAAAUGGGUCAACGAGACGUCGACGGAUCUGCCUCUCACGGAUCUACAUAACACGGAGGACGAUGGUGGAUAUCCCGGGCCAAAUUUCUACGCUAGGCCGGUAACCGGUGGGCACUUUGCAUUUUUGGCGUUGCAGAGAGCUUGCGGUGGAAAUGCGAUGGAAGGUUUGAGGUUUUUGGAUGAGCACGGUGCUGGUGCUGGUGCUGAUACCGAUAUGGGUUCCCCUGAGGACCCUGUUAGGGAGGACCUGUAA